AUCCCCGUUCCGUUUCCGUUACACCGGCCCGCCUCCUCGCCUCGCCGCUCCGGCUCCGCCUUCAUUACCACGCCAGCCGCACGGCUCGCCAUUGCAGCACCAGCCAUUGCUUCCUGCCCCGCGGCCGCGGACCGUAGCGCCUAUCAAUGGAGAGGCAGAGGAGCUCAUCCUCGUCAUCCUCCUCGUACCACCUCGUGAGUCCCAGGAGCCUCCUCCUCCUCUCCUUCGCCUCCUCGUCGCUCCUCUUCUCGUUCCUCUUCGCGCUCUUCGCCCUCCGCCACGGCCGCCCGCUUCACCUCCCGUUCGCUUCCGCCCCCGUCGGCGCCAAUGCCUCCGCUGUGACCAUUGCGCGGGCGCCGGCUCUUGGGGGUUCCGUGGGCGUCGCGGGGGUGGCGGAGGUCGACGAGGCGGUUCGCGGGAGGCGGAGCUGGGAUUGGGUAGCGGAGGGAGCACGCCGCGCGGUUGCCGGAGACCUGUCGCCGGUUCCGGCCGUGGCCUCGGCGAUAGAGGUGAAAGGAGCGGUUACUGGAGGAGGAAAUGGUGGAGCACCCGCGAAUGCUGAGGUUUUGGAGGGCCAAGAGAUUGCGGAAGCUGGGAGCUACUCGAUUGGAGCCUCGGAUUUGGCCAUGGAGGCUAAAGAAGAAGUUGUUCAUGUCGGGGGUGAUGGCAAGAAGUUGGAGAAAGAUUCAGUGUCCGAGAAGCCGAACUCCGCUGAAGGCAAGAAUCUUAUCAAAAAAGAUGUUAGUUCAACAACGGAGACCCCUCUAGAUGUUGGCAAUGCUUCUGCUUCCCUGGAAGUAACUGCGACCGCAGAGAAAUUGGAAGGAACAGAGCCUGUGAGAGCUAUCAAUUUCUCCAUGGAAGCCUCAGGUACUGCAAUGGACAUGAGAGACGAAUCCUUGCAAGAUGUUCAUGUGGGGAAUAAAUACAAUUCCUCUGCACAAGCAGCUUAUGCUUAUCAGCUAGAGGAGCAACGGGAAAGCUCAGAUCAUUCAGCUGGGAAGAACAACUCCGGGGCAGCUCCAGCCGAUGCAAAUAAGCAAGAUCCUAAUCUGAUUGAGGAAGCAGUUACGAGCAAAACAGAUUCUUUGCAAAGAGAUGCAGUACAUUGUGAUGUUUAUGACGGGAGUUGGGUGUUUGAUGAGACCUAUCCACUUUACACAAGUGAUAGAUGCCCAUUUAUAGAUGAAGGAUUCAGCUGUGCAGCAAAUGGAAGAAUGGAUCACAGCUACAUGAAGUGGAGGUGGCAGCCUAAGCAUUGCAAUAUCCCGAGGUUUGAUGCUAGGAGAAUGCUUGAGAUGCUGCGAGGAAAGCGACUAGUGUUUAUCGGGGACUCCAUAAACAGGAACCAGUGGGAAUCCAUGAUGUGCUUGCUGAGAACGGCAGUAUCAGAUCCUUCAAGGAUUCAUGAGAGUCGUGGCCGGAAGAUUACUAAAGAGAAAGGAGAUUACAACUUCAAGUUCUUGGACUACAAUUGUACUGUGGAAUUUCAUGUGACACAUUUCUUGGUGCAUGAAGGUAAGACAAGAAUUGGCCAGAAGCAGAUGAAGACACUACGGAUCGAUACCGUUGAUCGGAGCUCAUCAAGAUGGAAAGGUGCUGAUGUGCUUGUGUUUAACACUGCCCAUUGGUGGUCGCACCACAAAACAAAAUCUGGGGUGAAUUAUUAUCAAGAGGGGGAUCAUGUCCAUCCCCAUCUAGAUUCCUCUACUGCUUUCCGAAGAGCACUAACCACUUGGGCAUCGUGGGUUGACCGUUACAUCAAUCCACGGCAAACUCAAGUGUUUUUCCGAAGCUCAUCCCCAUCACAUUUCAGCGGUGGAGAGUGGAAUUCAGGGGGACACUGCAGAGAGAGCACACAGCCCCUUAAUGAUACCCGCGCAAGGCUGGUACCUGAUAGAAACUUGAUCCUGGAACAAGUCACAAAGCAAAUGAAGACUCCUGUGACAAUUCUGAACGUUACCAAUCUAUCUGGGAUAAGGAUAGAUGGUCACCCAUCUAUAUAUGGCCGGAAGGCUGUAGAUUUAACAGCAUCAAACGUUCAGGACUGCAGCCAUUGGUGCCUCCCUGGAGUCCCGGAUACAUGGAAUGAGCUGUUAUUCUACCAUCUAGUGUCGUCACAUGUAAAGGAUGUAACAAGUUAGUGACUGAAUUAAUUGGCAUCUUUUUUUCUGUUAGAUAAGGUCUUUAUUCUCGUCUGUAAAUAUAAAUUUGACUUGGAAAUAGAGCACAAAUGUGCAAUCGUGCUUGUCCCUGUCCCUAAC